AGGUCAUCAUCCAGGGAUAAAGGGAAGGUUAAGCUGAGGAGGCUCUGGCAUGCAGGCGUUCGUUUCCCUGGCGAUGAGGCUGCGCCCCGCACAGUUAGUUGUCAGUGCGGUGGUGGCGGCCACACCUGGCAGUGACUACAGUGCAUCUCCUGUGAGCAGGGCUGUGGCUCACUCUCUUGGAGCGGCUCUGUGCAGCGGCGGCGGCAGGAGAGGGAGCCCAGACGCUCUGGGUGGCGGAGGCUGGACAUCGCCGUGUCGGUGCUGCAUUCGGAAAAGCCCGGCCGCAGCCGGCGGCGUGUGAAGUUCCCGGCAGGCACUCGCCGGGCUGCUCCUCACCCUCAGUUGUGGGUGAGCCGGGGCGCUCGUCAACACACGGAGGAGAGAUCCCAUUUUGCUCUCGCAGAGAAGGGGAUGAGACAUGAGCAAUGAGAAGAGUGACGGGCAGUUCCUUGCCAGCAGCUAAGUUGUAAAAUUGCUUUGGAGGCUGCCCGGGGAGCGCGGCAGAAUUGACAAGAAAAGAACCGACACCGUUGCAGACCAAGGCAUGCCUGACUGCACAUGAGUCGGAUCACCGGGACGCAGCCUCCGCUCCUGCUCUAUUUGUGGCAGGAUAAAGGAAAGGAGACUAGAAACCCAAUUCCAAGUGGCAUCCCUGAAAGGAAAACAUAUACGCUCCAAAAGGUGGGGAGUGUACAACCCAGCUGGAGUGUACAUUUUUUUUUUUUUUAAAGGAGAAUCCCUCAGAUGCUGCAUGGAGUUACAUGGAAAUGAGAGAGAUUCACGAAACCCUUCCCCCAGGAGAGAAUGCCUUUCAUAAAUGGAGCUUUCCUUCUGGUUUUCUCAGGACAGUGACAUAGUGACAGAACCAUGCCCCACCUUCUAUUUUCAGUGAUCCACAGAACAUCUGAACAGUAAUGCUUAGCUUGGAUUUUCCGAUUUUCAUCCUGAUCCCCUGUUUACUUCUUUGGGGCAAAAAAGCUUGCACUAAUUGCUCUCCAUGGUGGCUAAGUUUUUCAAGAGCUUGAUUUUACCUUACAUACAUAAGCUUUGCAAAGGAAUGUUUACAAAGAAAUUGGGAAAUAUAAACAAAAAAAAAGAGAAUCGUCAGCAGAAAAAGGAUCAAGACUUUCCUACUACUGACGAGACCAAGACCCCCAAAUUUUCUAAUACUUUGAAAAGCACUGUAAAGAAAAUUGCAAAGUGUUCAUCCACUCGCAACUUAUCCACUGAAGAGGACGAGGCUAAUAAAGAGUUUUCCCUCUCACCAACUUUCAGUUACCGAGUAGCUAUUGCCAAUGGCCUACAAAAGAAUAUUAAUGUAACCAACAGUGAUAAUGAGGAUCUGUUUCAAGAGCUAUCUUCAAUUGAGAGUUCUUACUCAGAAUCAUUAAAUGAACUGAGGAGUAGUACAGAAAACCAGGUACAAUCCACACACACGAUGCCAGUUAGACGCAAUAGGAAGAGUUCGAGCAGCCUCGCACCCUCUGAGGGCAGCUCUGACGGGGAGCGCACUCUACAUAGCUUAAAACUAGGAGCUUUACGAAAACUGAGAAAAUGGAAAAAGAGUCAAGAAUGUGUCUCCUCAGAUUCAGAGUUAAGUACAAUGAAGAAAACCUGGGGAAUAAGAAGCAAGUCUUUGGACAGAACUGCCCGAAACCCAAAGACAAAUACCCUGGAGCCAGGAUUCAGUUCCUCUGGCUGCAUUAGCCAAACACAUGAUGUCAUGGAAAUGAUCUUUAAGGAACUUCAGGGAAUAAGUCAGAUUGAAACAGAGCUUUCUGAACUACGAGGGCAUGUCAAUGCUCUCAAGCACUCCAUUGAUGAGAUCUCCAGCAGCGUGGAGGUUGUACAAAGUGAAAUUGAACAGUUACGGACAGGUUUUGUCCAGUCUCGGAGGGAAACCAGAGACAUCCAUGAUUAUAUUAAACACUUAGGACAUAUGGGUAGCAAGGCAAGCCUGAGAUUUUUAAAUGUGCCUGAAGAAAGAUUUGAAUAUGUUGAAAGUGUGGUGUACCAAAUUCUAAUAGAUAAAAUGGGAUUUUCAGAUGCACCCAUUGCUAUUAAAAUUGAAUUUGCUCAGAGAAUAGGACACCAAAGGGACUGCCCAAAUGCGAAGCCUCGACCCAUACUUGUGUACUUUGAAACCCCUCAACAAAGAGAUUCCGUCCUAAAAAAAUCAUAUAAACUCAAAGGAACAGGUAUUGGAAUCUCAACAGAUAUUCUAACUCAUGACAUCAGAGAAAGAAAAGAGAAAGGGAUACCAUCCUCCCAGACAUAUGAGAGCAUGGAUAUAAAGUUGUCUACUUCAGAACCUAAAAUCAAGAAGAACAAUUGGCAGUCACCUGAUGACAGUGAUGAAGAACUGGAAUCUGAUCUGAAUAGAAACAGUUAUGCUGUAUUUUCGAAGUCAGAACUUCCAACAAAGGGAAGUACUUCCAAGCCAAGCUCAAAAUCACACAGCUCUAGAUCCAAGACUAAAACUGCUAAUAGUGUCAGAAUUUCUCAUAAAUCAGAUUAUGAUAAAAUUUCCUCGCAAUUGCCAGAAUCAGAUAUCUUGGAAAAACAAACCACAACCCAUUAUGCAGAUGCAACACCUCUCUGGCAUUCACAGAGUGAUUUUUUCACUGCUAAACUGAGUCGUUCUGAAUCAGAUUUUUCCAAGUUGUGUCAGUCUUACUCAGAGGAUUUUUCAGAAAAUCAGUUUUUCACUAGAACAAAUGGAAGUUCUCUCCUGUCAUCUUCAGACCGGGAACUGUGGCAGAGGAAACAGGAGGGCACAACUACCUUGUAUGACAGUUCCCAGAACCAGCAUUUGAAUGAGAAUGUUCAGGGUGUCCAAGGACAAAGUGAAAUUGAAAACACAGAAACUGUGGAUAGUGGAAUGAGUAACGGCUUGGUAUGUGCAUCUGGAGAUCGAAGUCAUUACAGUGAUUCUCAGCUUUCUCUACAUGAGGAUCUUUCUCCAUGGAAAGAAUGGAAUCAAGUAGAACAAGGAGAAGAUUUAGGCUUGGAUUCAUCUACACAGGCAGCUUUUGACUAUGACACAAACAGUCUUUCUGACCAACAACUGGGCAUCUACAAUAAAGACUUGGAAUACUUGGGAAAGUGCCUCAGUGACCUUCAAGAUGACUCAGAGAGCUACGAUUUAACCCAAGAUGACAAUUCAUCUCCAUGCCCUGGGUUGGAUAAUGAACCACAAGGCCAGUGGGUUGGCCAAUAUGAUUCUUAUCAGGAGGCUAAUUCUAAUGAGCUGUACCAAAAUCAAAACCAGUUGUCCAUGAUGUAUCGAAGUCAAAGUGAAUUGCAAAGUGAUGAUUCAGAGGAUGCCCCACCCAAAUCAUGGCAUAGUCGAUUAAGUAUUGACCUAUCUGAUAAGACUUUCAGCUUUCCAAAAUUUGGAUCCACACUGCAGAGGGCUAAGUCAGCCUUGGAAGUAGUAUGGAACAAAAGCACACAGAGUCUGAGUGGGUAUGAGGAUAGUGGCUCUUCCUUAAUGGGGAGAUUUCGGACAUUAUCUCAAUCAACUGCAAAUGAAUCAAGUACCACACUUGACUCUGAUGUCUACACAGAGCCCUAUUACUACAAAGCAGAGGAUGAGGAGGAGUAUAGUGAACCAGUGGCUGACAACGAAACAGAUUAUGUUGAAGUAAUGGAGCAAGUCCUUGCUAAGCUAGAAAAUAGGACUAGUAUUACCGAACCAGAUGAACAAAUGCAGGAAUAUGAUCACCCUUCAUAUGAAACACCUUAUGAAACCCCACAAGAUGAGGGUUAUGAAGGGCAGGCAGAUGAUGUAGUUAGUGAAGGGGGAUUGGAACCCUUAAGUGAAACAUCAGUUGAAAUGGAAAUAAGAGAAGAUGAAAACCAAAACAUUCCUGAACAGCCAGUGGAAAUCAUAAAGCCAAAGAGAAUCCGUCCCUCUUUCAAAGAAGCAGCUCUAAGGGCCUAUAAAAAGCAAAUGGCAGAGUUGGAAGAGAAGAUCUUGGCUGGAGGUACUCAUGUUUAA